UCCGUCCGCGGCCGGGGAGGCGGAGGGGAGGAGGGCUUGCGGGGCUGGGGCGUUAGCUGCGUCCCAGCUGGAAGCCCGCGAAGAGGACGAGGACGAGGGCGCUGCCGUGGCCGUGGCCGCAGUGCUCGGGCGCGACAAGCCAUGAGCAGCGGCCCCGCGGGCGACCCCGCCGUCGCUGGCAGCCGCUGAGCCCGACCCUCGGGCAGCUCGUCGCUCCCCAGCACCCUCUCCAGCCGGCACCCUCGCGCCCCGAGAAACAUGAUUCCUGUGACAGAAUUCCGGCAGUUCUCUGAGCAGCAGCCUGCCUUCCGAGUGCUGAAGCCAUGGUGGGAUGUGUUUACAGAUUACCUGUCAGUAGCCAUGCUCAUGAUCGGCGUGUUUGGAUGUACUUUACAGGUCAUGCAAGACAAGAUAAUCUGCCUUCCGAAAAGAGUGCAGCCUGCUCAAAACCACUCUUCCCUUUCGAAUAUUUCUCAAGCAGUUGCCAGUACCACCCCGCUGCCUCCACCUAAACCAUCGCCUGCUAACCCCAUCACUGUGGAAAUGAAAGGCCUGAAGACGGAUUUGGACCUUCAGCAGUAUAGCUUUAUAAACCAGAUGUGUUACGAGCGAGCCCUCCACUGGUAUGCCAAGUAUUUCCCUUACCUGGUCCUCAUCCAUACCCUGGUCUUUAUGCUCUGCAGUAAUUUUUGGUUCAAAUUCCCUGGCUCCAGCUCCAAAAUAGAACAUUUCAUCUCCAUUCUGGGGAAGUGUUUUGACUCUCCUUGGACCACACGAGCUUUAUCUGAAGUGUCUGGGGAGGAUUCAGAGGAAAAGGACAACAGGAAGAACAACAUGAACAGGUCCAACACCAUCCAGUCUGGUCCAGAAGGCAGCCUGGUCAACUCUCAGUCUUUAAAGUCCAUUCCUGAGAAGUUUGUGGUUGACAAAUCUACUGCAGGGGCUCUGGAUAAAAAGGAAGGUGAGCAGGCGAAGGCCUUAUUUGAGAAGGUGAAGAAGUUCAGGCUGCAUGUGGAAGAAGGCGAUAUUCUGUAUGCCAUGUAUGUUCGCCAGACUGUGCUUAAGGUUAUCAAAUUCCUAAUCAUCAUUGCAUAUAAUAGCGCUCUGGUUUCCAAGGUCCAGUUUACGGUGGACUGUAAUGUGGACAUUCAGGACAUGACUGGAUAUAAAAACUUCUCUUGCAAUCAUACCAUGGCACACUUGUUCUCAAAACUCUCCUUUUGCUAUCUGUGCUUUGUCAGUAUCUAUGGAUUGACGUGCCUUUAUACCUUAUACUGGCUGUUUUACCGUUCUCUACGGGAAUAUUCCUUUGAGUAUGUCCGGCAGGAGACUGGAAUUGAUGAUAUUCCAGAUGUGAAAAAUGACUUUGCUUUUAUGCUUCAUAUGAUAGAUCAGUAUGACCCUCUUUAUUCCAAGAGAUUUGCAGUGUUCCUGUCCGAAGUCAGUGAAAACAAAUUAAAGCAGCUGAACUUAAAUAAUGAAUGGACUCCCGAUAAACUGAGACAGAAGCUACAGACAAAUGCCCAUAAUCGACUGGAAUUGCCUCUUAUCAUGCUCUCUGGCCUUCCAGACACUGUUUUUGAAAUCACAGAGUUGCAGUCUCUAAAACUUGAAAUCAUUAAGAAUGUAAUGAUACCAGCCACCAUUGCACAGCUAGACAAUCUUCAAGAACUCUCUCUACACCAAUGCUCUGUCAAAAUCCACAGUGCGGCUCUCUCUUUCCUGAAGGAAAACCUCAAGGUCUUGAGCGUCAAGUUUGAUGAUAUGAGAGAGCUUCCCCCCUGGAUGUAUGGACUCCGAAACCUGGAAGAACUGUACCUGGUUGGCUCUCUAAGUCAUGAUAUUUCCAAAAAUGUCACCCUUGAGUCUCUGCGGGAUCUCAAAAGCCUUAAAAUUCUCUCUAUCAAAAGCAAUGUUUCCAAAAUCCCUCAAGCAGUUGUUGAUGUUUCCAGCCAUCUCCAGAAGAUGUGCAUACAUAAUGAUGGCACCAAGCUGGUGAUGCUCAACAACUUAAAGAAGAUGACCAAUCUAACAGAGCUGGAGCUCGUCCACUGUGACCUGGAGCGUAUUCCUCAUGCUGUGUUCAGCCUACUCAGCCUCCAGGAAUUGGACCUGAAGGAAAACAAUCUGAAAUCUAUAGAAGAAAUCGUUAGCUUUCAGCACUUGAGAAAGUUGACAGUGCUAAAACUGUGGCAUAACAGCAUCACCUACAUCCCAGAGCAUAUAAAGAAACUCACCAGCCUGGAACGCCUGUCCUUUAGUCACAAUAAAAUAGAGGUACUGCCUUCCCACCUCUUCCUAUGCAACAAGAUCCGAUACUUGGACUUAUCCUACAAUGACAUUCGAUUUAUCCCACCUGAAAUCGGAGUUCUACAAAGUUUACAGUAUUUUUCCAUCACGUGUAACAAAGUAGAAAGCCUUCCAGAUGAACUCUACUUCUGCAAGAAACUUAAAACUCUGAAGAUUGGGAAAAACAGCCUAUCUGUACUUUCACCGAAAAUUGGAAAUUUACUAUUUCUUUCCUACUUAGAUGUAAAAGGCAAUCACUUUGAAAUCCUCCCUCCUGAACUGGGCGACUGUCGGGCUCUGAAGCGAGCUGGUUUAGUUGUGGAAGAUGCUCUGUUUGAAACUCUGCCUUCCGAUGUCCGGGAGCAAAUGAAAACAGAGUAACUUAUUUUUUGUUAAAAUUUGACUGAAACACGCUUCUACCAAAUACAGUGUGAAUAAUUAGGUAGUGUUAAUGCCUUUCCUAUUUUUUUUUUCCUUUUCACACAAAACAAAAUGUACACAAAGAUUGAGUAAGGAAUAUGUAUUUUUAAUAAAAAUUUAAUUGUAUUUUUUCAAUAUUAA